AUGCUUUUCUUCCACACCAGGACAACAGCUCGUCCCUCCGAGAAGGUUCGUCAUGAGACUAAGAGCGAAAUGAGCGUCGGCCGUAAGAUCGAUAUGUUGCUCGGACAGAACGGCAGGCCUUGCCGCGAGUCCUCACUGGAAGCCGUGUCUCUCGAACCCUGUUGUAUCUGUCUAGAACAAGGUCCCGAUUUCGUCCUGUGUUGUGGUCACUCCUUCCACCGCGAAUGCCUCGAGGAGUGGCUCACU